AGGAAGCUCCGGCCGACGACUAGAAGAAGGAGGCGGGCGGCCCGGGCCCCAGGCCCCUCCCAGGUUCUGAGUCUCCCCGGCUGCAGGCGGAUGGAUGGGGCUUCUUCAGGCGGUGGCGGCAGCAGCGAAAGUGGCGGUGGCAGCAGCGGCAGCGGCUAUGGUGUGGUGGCUCGAUUCUCCCAGUGCCUGGCUGAGUUUCGGACGUGGUUAAGAACCAACUGGUUGAGGUUCAAUGCAGACAAGACGGAUGUGAUGCUGAAAAUGUGCAUCAGAUGUUUAUGUUUAAUUGGUUUACAGACUGUCUGUGGACUCUUUUCCUGUCAAAUUACCAGCCAUCUGUUGAGUCUUCAAGUCCAGAAGUGGAUGAAAUAUUUGACUACUCAUGAAAGUAUAGGAGGUUCAGCAACAUCAGAUGACCAUGAAUUUGAUCCAUCAGCUGACAUGCUGGUUCAUGAUUUUGAUGAUGAACGAACAUUAGAAGAGGAAGAAAUGAUGGAAGGAGAAACAAACUUCAGUUCUGAAAUAGAGGAUCUUGCAAGGGAAGGCGUCAUGCCAAUCCAUGAACUUCUCAGCCUUUAUGGUUAUGAUAGUACUGUUCCACUACCUGAAGAAGAUGAGGAGGAGGAGGAAGAGGAGGAAGAAGGUGAAGAUGAUGAAGAUGCUGAUAAUGAUGAUAACAGUGGCUGUAGUGGGGAAAAUAAAGAAGAGAAUAUGAAAGAUUCCUCAGGUCAAGAGGAUGAAACUCAGUCUUCCAAUGAUGAUCCAUCACAAUCUGUUGCUUCUCAAGAUGCCCAGGAAAUAAUCCGUCCUCGUCGAUGUAAAUAUUUUGAUACAAACAGUGAAAUAGAAGAAGAAUCUGAAGAAGAUGAAGAUUAUAUACCAUCAGAAGACUGGAAAAAGGAGAUUAUGGUGGGCUCCAUGUUCCAAGCAGAGAUUCCAGUUGGCAUUUGUAGAUACAAAGAAAAUGAAAAAGUAUAUGAAAAUGAUGAUCAGCUCCUGUGGGACCCUGAGUACUUACCAGAAGACAGAGUGAUUGUAUUUCUUAAGGAUGCAUCUAGAAGAACAGGUGAUGAGAAAGGUGUAGAAGCAAUUCCUGAAGGAUCUCACAUAAAAGACAAUGAACAGGCAUUAUAUGAAUUAGUUAAAUGCAAUUUUGAUACAGAAGAAGCAUUGAGAAGAUUAAGAUUUAAUGUAAAAGCAGCUAGAGAGGAAUUAUCUGUUUGGACAGAGGAAGAGUGUAGAAAUUUUGAGCAAGGGUUGAAGGCCUAUGGAAAGGACUUUCAUUUGAUUCAGGCUAAUAAAGUUCGAACAAGGUCAGUUGGUGAAUGUGUAGCCUUCUAUUAUAUGUGGAAAAAAUCUGAACGUUACGAUUUCUUUGCUCAGCAAACACGAUUUGGAAAAAAGAAAUAUAAUCUUCAUCCUGGUGUAACGGAUUACAUGGAUCGUCUUCUAGAUGAAAGUGAAAGUGCUGCUUCUAGUCGCGCACCAUCCCCUCCUCCAACUGCCUCAAACAGUAGUAACAGCCAGUCGGAAAAAGAAGAUGGCACUAUAAGCAAUAGUAAUCAAAAUGGGGUGUCAUCUAAUGGACCAGGUGAAGUGUUAAACAAAGAAGAAGUGAAAGUUGAAGGGUUACAUAUUAAUGGACCAACAGGUGGAAAUAAGAAACCACUUCAUACAGAUAUGGAUACUAAUGGUUAUGAAACAGAUAACCUUACCAGUGACCCAAAACUUGCCCAUAUGACUACAAGAAAUGAAAAUGAUUUUGAUGAAAAAAGUGAGAGACCUGCCAAAAGGCGAAGGGUAAACAGCAAUGGAAAAGAAAGUCCAGGUUCUUCUGAAUUUUUCCAAGAUGCAAUUUCACAUGGAAAGUUUGAAGAACUUGAGAACAUGGAUGACUAAAUUUUAGACUUAUUUUACUUUCUUUGGAGUAAAUUCUGGUGUGACUAAAAUUUUCAGGGUUGAGGGGUUACCUUAAAAAGUUGAUUUCCUUGAAGCAGUUGGUGAAAAUUUGAAAAUUUGAAUUGUGAUCCUAACUUUAGUAACUAAGAUUUCAUAAUUCUGCCUUUUGCAGAUUUUUUACUUUAAAAUUGUAAAGACCCUUUUAAUGAUGUAACAGUUUACUAAAUUUGAAUGAACUAAAGCAAUAUCUGUACCUUCUUAUUUGAUAUAUUAAUCCUAAAAUUCCACUACAAGGUACUUUUUGUUAGUUUGAUGAUAGAGAAGAUAAAACCAAGUUCAAAUUUGAUUAACACCAAUUUUUCUGAGUUUCUGAAAAUGUCUUUUAUAACAGACAUUUUUCUCUCCAUACAAAUUAAGUACCAUUAUUGAGGAAACCCUUAUGAAUCCUGAAAGUUAUGCUAGCAUGAUUUUUUUAUAUAUAGAAGUUUAAAAAUAAACCAAGUCAGGUUUGAUAUGUAAAAUUGUUGACAUCAAUGAUGUCUUUCCAUAUUCUUAUCUGGGCUUAAGAAAUACAUUCUGUAUUUUUCCAGAUUCUUUGUAGCCUUUGAAAGAUUUCUACAGUACAUAUGUCUUGACUGAGCUGUCCUUUAAUACAAAAGCUUGUAUAAUUUUCUUAACUUGUACAGUUGGUAAACUUUUAUGGGAGAAAUUGAUAUUCUGAAUCUCUCAGCUUUCAUUUUAUUUUGCUAAGGUUUUUCUAAUGAAUUUUUAAGUGUUUGUGUAGUAACUAAGUCAUGUUUCUUAUCCAGGUGGUAAAAGCAUUCAUAAAGGAUUGUGAACAUUUGUUUUUUUCAAAUUCCUACUUAAGGACACAUAGCUUGAGAAUUCUGAAAUUAAGCAUGGUACUUAGAUUGCAUAGUUUGUUUUACGUUUGCUAUGAUUUUCAAAAUUAUUUUUGAAGCAAGACAAAAGUUUAAUGUUGGCUUAAGUGCUUAAAUGUAUCAUGCUGACCAGAAUCCUGUUCAGUUAUUUUUGUAUGCAUUAUGAAGUUUCCCAUUUUUUGCAUUAAAUAAACAGGGGAAAAGGUCGAGUGAUAGUUAGAAAAGUUUUUAGAUUUUUUUCAUUUACAGUCCAGGUUUUCCAAUUUGAUAAUGUAUUUCCAAAAUGAAAAUAAGAUAUGCAGUAAACCAUCACCCUGUGUGAUUACAAACGAGAUCAUCCAUUUGCAUAGCCUUGCAAGAGUGCCAUUUUAUUUUUAGUGCAAAAUUCUUGUUAAAAAUUGUAGUUUUAUAAAGCUGAUAGACCAACCUAUAUCCAAACUUUUAUAAAAGAUUAUUAACUAUUCUUGUUUUAUCACACAGGCAUACCGCAGAUGCUUCUGCCAAUUCAUUUGCAGCCAUCAAAGAGCCACUGCCUUUUUAAAAUCUUCUGUGGUCUUGUUUUUAAUGGCUCAACUGUCUGAUGUAAUUGAGUAGAGGUUUGCACUGAGGGACUGUGGUUUAGGCCUUACCCCCAUGAAGUAUUACUGUUAGCCUAUGUUCGUUCAGACUGCUUCCCUCCACCAAUGUGAACAACUUUUUUUCCCCAAACAGUGUUAAAAGCCACUUUCCAGCACUUGACUUCCUAUGAUGUAGAUUCACUGUUGUAACAUACAUAUCCAUGGUAAAUAUCCAGGUAAAUCCAAAUUUAGGGUGGAAGUGUUGAGAAGCGUGAAUUUUUUUGUUGUUUUGUUUUAGAACAUUAUCCAGAAUGGCAGCUUUAGCAGAUGGUCACAAUCCAUUUUCUAAAUCAGACUUUAUUAUACAAGUCCAAAGUAUCCUAGCUCUUUGUCAAAGAUAGUCUAUAGAAAUAUUUCAAACAAAUAGUGAUGCUGUACUUUUUUAAAAAAUUGUUGCAAUAUUAGAGACGCCAUUUUCACCUUUUUUAAAAGAUGCAUUUCGUUUGCAGGUUUGUGAAGUUCUUGCAAACUGAUACUACAAGACAACAUUUUAAAUAAAUUCUCAGGCAUGUUUGCAAAUACGGCACAUGUUGUAUACAUAUUAGGAAAUUUUACUUUUCUUAAUCUUUUUAAAGUAUGCCUAAUGAAAGACAUUCCACUAUUAUAAUACAUAAUGCUCAGCUUUUCAUAAAGAAAUAUUUAAUUGUUUAUACAGGUAUUUCACACAGUACUUUGUUCUUUACAAUACAGCCACUAUAACUUGAUAAGUCAUUGCACUACUUUAAAAUUUUUAGUAAUAUCAUGAACUUAAUUUGCUUAAGAUUUAGUACAUUUCGUAACUCUUGACAAAUUGCAUUGGGAAAGGGAGCCUUUGUUAAUAGUUACUGAGUCUCCCUCACUCCACGCCUACCCCAGCAGAGCACUCUAUUCAUUUGGAAUGGUUUUCUGUUUAUGAUAUGUUUGUUUUCAAAUAAAGUUCAAAAUCUACAACUCAGUUCAACACAAAUCUGUUGAGCUUUAAAGUGUAUUUGAAGUAAUAUUUAAAUAGGCAUUUAAAAUUACCAAUUAGAUGUUUUUAAAUUUAUGCAUAGUAAUUUUGCACUGUAAAAUAAUUCCUUUCCCCAUUCCCUCUCUGCCAUUCUGAAUAUGCUUAUUAAAAUAUUUUUUAAAUGUA